AGUAGUACUACUUUUCCACAGCAUAAAGCUAUGCAUUUGGUCAUGUCCUCUUACUUGUUCCUCCAUUUCCUAUACUCCUAUAAAUAAAAGCGUCACAUACAAUAAUCAGACUCAACUAAAUUAGCCCUUCUCUCUCUUUGUUUCCCCUUAUAAAUUAGUACGGUACUAUAUUAGUCAUCUUUUUGUUCAACUACUAAUUAAUAUGGCGGACGCUUCCUACAGCCACCCUUUGUUUAGCUGCAGGAGUUGCCGGAAUCCGAUUGCUCUUCGAGAUGAUCUUCUCUCUAAACGUUUUGUGGCAAAAUCAGGAGGAGCAUAUCUUUUCAAGCAUGCAAUGAAUGUAGUGGUGGGGAAAAAGGAAGAUAGACAACUAAUGACGGGUUACUUCAGCGUUGCUGAUAUAUUCUGCAGCAAGUGUGGGGAGGAGUUGGGUUGGAAGUAUGUUAAAGCUUAUGAUCCCUCCCAAAAGUACAAGGAAGGCCGCUUCAUUAUCGAGACUGCCAAAAUUCUCAAAGAAUAUUGAUGAUCAGUACUCAUCUGUAAAUUAAUAAAAUUUCUGGCCAUGUAAAUAUCGACGUUAAAAACCUACUUUUAAGUUUUAAUCUCUCUUUUUUCAUGCUACAUUGCUCCUGAUAUGUAAUAACUGGGUAAGUUUUAUAAUACAAGAAGCAGUUUGUCUAAUUGCAAGCA